GUGAGCAGUGUCGCUCUGGCAUGAGCCCUGCCUGUCUUCCUUCUGCACACUGUGCAAGUGAAAGUUGUCAUGGAGAUUGAUUUGGGACGGGCGUCGUCCCGCCGUGGGGUUGCCAUGGAGAUUUCGUCCAGGGGUGCGCUAGAAGCGGUGGAGGAGGAUGAAGAUGGCGCGCAGUUUGGCUCCGAAGAGCGGUUCCAGCACCUUGGACAGCGGCGACGGCUUGGACCACCUUUCUGCCAGGGGAGCUACUACAUGCUCAUCGUGAUAGGGGAGAUAGCGACAGAGCACCAGCUGAAGGCUGCCAGGCAGCACAUUGAACGGGGCAUCCGCUCUUGGGACAUCAGCCUUGGGGCAUGUGACCUGGAUCAGCAGCUGCAGCUCUUUGUGACGCGGCACUCUGCCAACUUCUCCACAGAGGUCAGAGGACAAAGGAUUCUACAACACAAAAGCAAUGUCCUUGAGACUGUGGUCUUAGUCAACCCAUCGGGAGCCACAGUUGCUUCAGAGAUCCAGUCUCUUGUUGCUGACCCAGCUGCAAACAAACUCCUGGUCCUGAGUGGACAAAGCUCGGACCAAGGUGACCUACUUCUUCAAACUGGAGUAUUCAGCUACCAAAGUGUAUCACGUAUCUUCAGUGAGUUUGAGGUCAGUGGUCUCUUGGGAAAUCUCCCCGUGGAGCAGCGCGCCACCCUCACUGUAUUCUGCCGAGGGGAGGUGGGCUGGAGCUCCUUGGGGCAACAUCAAAAUCUUCGGGAGGUUCUGGACUACAGGCUGAACCCUGAGCCCGUUCUCCCCAAAAUGGAGGGUGUCACAGAGUUCACAGAGUACAUCUCUGAGACUGUUGAUGUUCCGUCUCCCUUUGACAAUCUUGAACCUCCGACCUCUGGAGGCUUCUUGAAGCUGUCCAGGCCCUGCUGCUACAUCUUUCCCGGUGGAAGAGGGGAUUCUGCCCUUUUUGCUGUCAAUGGUUUCAACAUUCUGGUGGAUGGUGGCUCUGACAGAAAGUCAUGCUUCUGGAAGCUUGUGAGACACCUGGAUCGGAUCGACUCUGUUCUCCUCACCCAUAUCGGAGCAGAUAACCUUCCAGGUAUCAAUGGUCUCCUUCAAAGGAAGAUUGCAGAACAAGAGGAAGAGCAGUCACAGGGCUCCACCAACUACAGCGACUGGAUGAAGAAUCUGAUCUCACCAGAACUUGGUGUUGUUUUCUUCAAUGUACCCGAGAAGCUACGCACAUCAGAAUCCAACUUAAAAGUAAAGCGAAGCAUUGAGGAAGCUUCACUUACACUGCAGCACCUUAACAAACUUGGAAUCAAACCAGAACCUAUGUUUCGAGUUGUCAGCAACACAAUCGAGCCCAUUACACUCUUCCAUAAGAUGGGAGUGGGCAAGUUAGAUAUGUAUGUCCUGAACCCUGUGAAGGAUAGUAAGGAGAUGCAGUUUCUCAUGCAGAAGUGGGCUGGCAACAGCAAAGCCAAGACUGGCAUAAUUCUCCCUAAUGGAAAGGAAGGAGAAAUAUCUGUCCCUUACCUAACAUCUGUCACUGCCCUAGUGGUGUGGCUCCCAGCAAAUCCUACAGACAAGAUUGUCAGAGUUCUGUUUCCUGGAAAUGCCCCACAAAACAAAAUUCUUGAAGGACUUGAGAAGUUAAAGCAUCUUGACUUCCUAAGAUACCCAGUUGCCACCCAAAAGGAUAUUGCAAGUGGGGCUCCCCCAUCAACUGUGAAACAGACAAAAAUGAGGCAAAGAACUGACAGCAAAGAAAGUCUCAAGUCAUCACCAAAAAUACAGUCAUCUUCUAAGGUUUCCAAGAAAGAUGUUGAUGGGCAAGAAGAUCUUUCAGUUGUUGACACAAAGAGUGAGUCUGUAAAAGACAACAAAACAGAAAAACAAGAGGAAAAGAAGGCCAGUGACAAACCCUCCAAGCCAUCAAAGCCCAAAACUGAAGGGACAGAGAAGAAAAAGUUACUAAAAGAGAAGUCACUGAAAAAACACACCAAGGACAGGGUGUCCAAGAUGGACGAGAAAAAAGACAAGGAAAAGAAGGAGAUAAAGAAACUGAAGAAAGAUGAUGCAGGUAAAAAAGAUGACAAGAAAGAGAGUAAGACUAAGGGAAAAGACACUUCCAAACCUGAACUAAGAAAAAUAACUAAGCCUGACUUGAAACCAUUCACACCAGAAGUCAGGAAAACUUUGCAUAAAGCAAAGGUGCAAGGUAAAGCCAAGGCAGACAAAAGCAAAGCUAAAGUGGCAAAGGAUGAACCUAAAGCAGAAGUCGUUUCUGAGGUAAUCCAGCCAAAAGCACAAGUGAAUGGCUUGGAAGGGGAAAGAUCUAUUCUCUCCACUCCAGAGGAUCUAACCAAGGACUUUGAAGAACUAAAAGAAGUUCCAGCAGAAUUGCCUGAAGAAGCAAAACAAACAGAACCACAAUCAGAAGAAAAAGUUCCACUGACGUCUGUUGGGCUAGAGGAGGGCAUUGAAGCUCCCAGCACACUCACAGAAGAAGAAAUACAUAUAGAUACAGAAGAUAUACCUAAACCCACAGCUGACGUCACUACACCACGCAAGGGUUCUCUUCACGAAGACGUCAUGGUGUCAACAACAGAGGAGAUGGAAGGAUCUACAGACCAAGAGCAGGGACAAACUGCAGCUGUGGCUCAGAUAACAGAAAGCGAUACAUUUGAAGAUGAGGGUGCUGCCAUUGAGGAUGAGGAGGACGAUGAGGCUGAAGAGGAGGUGCAAAAAGUCCAGCAAGACAGAAUGGAAGAGGAGGAAGAUAUGGGGAUAGGAGAGGAGGAGGACGAAUGCAAAUGGAAGGAGGUGAAAGACGGAGAGGGUGCUGAUAGAAAACAUGAAGUUGAAGAAAUGGAGAAAACUGAAAAACUCAAGGCUCUGGAAGCUGCCCAUGAGCCUGAACACGAGGAAGACGAAGAGGGAGUUGAUGUGAAGGGGCCUACUCUUGCAGAAGCCGAGGAUUUGGAUGCUAUUGCAGAUGAAGAAGUUACAACUGAAGAACAUGUCACCAAGGAGUGGGAGUAUAAGGCAGCUACAGAGACUCCUGGAGCAAAAGAGGAAGAGGAUACUACAUACCUGUCCAAUGUUGGAGGGGCUACCGCAGGCAUUACUUCAACUGUUCAAGGAGCUGUUGCUGCUACAGUUGCUGCUGCUGAGAACAUAUCCUACAUCCAGGACGAGACCAUUCCAGGCUACUCCGAGACCGAGCAGACCAUCUCAGAUGAGGAGAUUCAUGAAGAAGCGGAGGACAGAAUACCUCAUCUCCAGUAUGAUGUAGGUACCUACGAUGUAUCUGUACCAGAUCAGACAGGUUCUUUUGAUGCUAUCCAUGGAAUGAUUGAGAUUCAAGCAACAAUCCCUGAUGUAACAGCCAAAGGAUAUGUACAGGAGCCAGUUCUGUCUUUGUACACAAACAUCGCAGCUCCAUUGGCUGAAGAGGAGCAUGUGUCCUCAGCAACAUCAAUCACAGAGUAUGAUAAAUUGUCCUCUUUCCCUACCUCCAUUGCUGAAGACCAGUCUAUUGCAUCAGUCAUUACAGGUCAAACUGAAGAAACUGGCAGAAGUUCUUUGCUCCUUGACACUGUCAACAGUAUACCUCCAUUAGCCCAAGCUGACAUUGCACAAGGAAAGGAGUACCUGCACUCUGCUGGAACGAUCUCUCCUACAUCUUCCUUAGAGGACGAUAAAUGCUUCAAGUCCCCUCCCUCAGAGGAAUGUCCUCCGAUUGCUUUGGAUGUGAAGGGGCAUGGAGAGGAACAUGAGGAGGAGGAAGAUGAUGAUGAAGAUGAAGAUCAAACUCCCAAUGUUGACAUCCCACUUGCGAAGCUACAAGAGGGAUAUGCUGCUCCAUCCCUGUUCCAGGAUAGCAAGAAAGAUACAGACAAACCUUCUGUGUCUACUUCAGAAGCUGUUACAGAGAAGAAAUCAGACGUUCUACCAGGAAAGGAAGAAACAACACUUUCUCUUUCCAAAGAGGAGACGAUGAUUGAAUCAUCCACUAAACCAAUGUCUCCACCACACUCAUUUUCUAAGGCAUUGUUGUCAGAGUCCAGUGAGGGUGAGGAAAGAUGUUUCAGUCCAGAUGAUAGCACUGUGAAAAUGGCUUCCCCAACACAGUCUGGACCCCCUAGUGCAACUCAUUCCCCUGUCCACCAGUUGCCUGGCGACGAGAGAGCAAAAUCUUUCCCUGUCCAAGAACAUCACCCACAGGAGGAGCCAAUCGGAAAACCCACUACAGAAUCUACAGAACAAGACAUUCAAAAGGUUGACAAACCUGAGCCAGAGCAGGCAGGCAAAGAACCUCUGGCUGAUGAUAAAGACAAGUCCUCAGUCUCCCACAAGGACAUGCUCUCAGAAAAAGAAGAUACAAUCUCUUCAACACAGUUGCCUGUCCCUGGGAUAGAGGCCUCCUCGUUAGACAAAGGGCUUCCAAAGGACUCGGAGUCAGAAGAUGUUUACAUGGAGAAAACCAAGUUUGAAAAGAGUGACAGUGAAAAGGAAGAGUCUGAGGAAAGAGAUUUCACUGUAUGCAGUAAGGCGAAGAUUGUGGAAGAAAAAGAGUGCACAUUUCUGGAUGAUGACUAUGACGAUGAUACCCAAGAGGCAGAAUCUAGUAAAGAAAUGGAGGAGAAAAAGGACAAAGAAAAAGAACAUGACAAAGAAGAGAAAGAGGUGGCAGAGAAGGAUGAGGUUGAGCUUGAACCACAAACCCCAGUUACGCUUGCAAAAGAGGUCUCUAAAUCUGAGAAAAUUGAAGAGAAACAUCCGGAUGAAACCCAGUUACAAAUAUCAUCAGAUGCUGCAGUAUCGUCAGUGACAAUCAAACAAGAAGUAACGUCAGAAAAGGACUCAGGGUUGGAAGAGAAAGAAUUAAAGGUACAAUCAGUAUCAGAAACUGUUGCAACCCUCAAAACAAAGUCUGAAGACAAAAAAUUGGAUACUGAGACACCCUUAAAAGACAUUCCUCUUACAGCAGUUGAAACAAAAGUAACUGCCGAAGUAGCCCUUGAGACUAAAGAAGAAUAUUUGAGUAAAGAUUUGCAAGACACCUCUCUAUCAGUGUCAGAAAAAGCUGAUGUGUCUAUGGGUAGAGAUCAAGAAACUACAGAGGACAAAAAGGGUGAAGUUCAACAGCUGCCACCUCAGUCUGUCUGUGGUAAAAUGGAGGAUACUGCAGAGGUCGAUACUGAAUCUGAAGUCACUUCCCUAAAAGAGAUCUCACCACAAACAAAACAAGACAGCACUCCAGAAACUUCACAGCCAGUGCCUGAAAAAGCAAGUAUACCUUCUAAACUAGAUGAAGUUAAAGACAAACAUUUGGAUGAGCCCCUUCAAAAACAUUCAGAACCAGAGCCAUGUUUGUCAUUGGAACAGUCAAAGCCAGAAACUGUAGACACGCCUCCAAAAGCAGAUAUCAAAUCUGAGGAGAAGAAACAAGAGGUUGCCCCCAAGUCAGAUAUGGAACAGAAAGAGGACACUUCACAACAGCGCAUAUCAUUAUCAACAGAAAAAGAAAGAACUUCAGAAAAGGACUCAGGGUUGGAAGAGAAGCUGUCAGGGGUAGAUUUAGAGAUGGAUGAUAUAGCAAAACCAACAAAAACAGAUACAAAGUCUGAAGAGAAACAACUGGAUGAAACCACAACAGUCCUAAAAGAAGUCCCAUCUACAACAGUUUCAGAUGAAAAAGUGACUUCCAAAGUAAUUGUUGAGACUAAAGAAGAUCAUUUAAAGGAACAUUUGCAAGACACCUCAUUGUCAGUGACAGAAAAGGCUGAUGUGUCCUUAGACAGAGCCCAAGAAACUACAGAGGGACAACACAUAGAGGAUCAACAGAUGCCAUCUCAGUCUAUUUCUAGUAAAAUGGAUGUGACCUCAGAGGGGGAUACUGAAUCUCAAGUCACCUCCCUAAAAGAGAUCUCACCACAAACAAAGCAAGACAGCACUCCAGAAACUUCACAGCCAGUGCCUGAAAAAGAAAGUUUACUUUCUAAACUAGAUGAAGUUGCAGACAAAUAUUUGGAUGAGCCCCUACAACAACCUCUGCAUUUAGAACCAGAACCAUGUUUGUCAUUGGAACAGUCAAAGCCAGAAACUGUAGAUACGCCUUCAAAGGCAGAUACAAAAUCUGAAGAGAAGCAACUAGAAAAAACAGAAGUAGCACCCAAGCCAGAUAUGGGUCCUAAAGAGGAGACUCCACAAAAAAUAGAAUCACCAUCAACAGAAAAAGAAGAACCCACAAUAAAGGACUCAGGAUUAGAAGAGAAGCUGUCAGGGGUAGAUACAGAGAUGGGUACUAUUGCAAAACCAACAAAAACAGAAACAAAAUCUGAAGAGAAACAACUAGAAAACACAGAAGUAGCAUCCAAGCCAGAUAUGGAUCAUAAAGAGGAGACUCCACAAAAAAUAGUAUCACCAUCAACAGAAAAAGAAGAACCCACAAUUAAGGACUCAGGUUUGGAAGAGAAGCUGUCAGGGGUAGAUACAGAGAUGGGUACUAUUGCAAAACCAACAGAAACAAAAUCUGAGGAGAAACAACUAGAAAAAACAGAAGUAGCAUCCAAGCCAGAUAUGGGUCCUAAAGAGGAGACUCCACAAAAAACAGUAUCACCAUCAACAGAAAAAGAAGAACCCACAAUAAAGGACUCAGGAUUGGAAGAGAAGCUGUCAGGGGUAGAUACAGAGAUGGGUACUAUUGCAAAACCAACAAAAACAGAAACAAAAUCUGAGGAGAAACAACUAGAAAAAACAGAAGUAGCAUCCAAGCCAGAUAUGGGUCCUAAAGAGGAGACUCCACAAAAAAUUGUAUCACUAUCAACAGAAAAAGAAGAACCCACAAUUAAGGACUCAGGAUUGGAAGAGAAGCUGUCAGGGGUAGAUACAGACAUGGGUACUAUUACAAAACCAACAAAAACAGAAACAAAAUCUGAAGAGAAACAACUGGACGAGACUACAACAGUCCUGAAAGAAAUCCCAUGUGUGCCAGUUCCAAAAACAGAGCUCCUCUCAGAAGAUAAGGAGGGUCCACAAGCAACCCCACCAUCAGAGUCAGAUAAAACAGACAUAUGCUUUAAAACAGAUCAGUCGCUUUCGGAAAAACAAGUGCAACCAUCAUUGUCAGCCUCAGACAAAACCGCGGUGGCACCGGAGGUAUAUUUAGAACCAACAGACACAUGUGCAAAAGAUAUAACACAACUAUCAGUGCAGGCAGUUUCAGACAAGACAGAUGUGCUAACUAAACCUGAGGUAGUGUCAGAAGAGAAACAAGCCCAAGAGAUCACACAGUUGGUCCCCACGAAAGCAGAGUCAUCCUCCAAAACGGAUGUAGAUGAAAGCCAGGAGCUGAUCCCUAAACAGCAAAUAGAUACAGUUCCUUCAGUAACUGAAGUCUCUUCAAAAUUGAGCUUGGAGUCUGAAAAGAAAGGCCUAGAUGACACUGUACAAGAAUCUUCACCAGAACCAGAAAAGGCAGAUGAAUCCUCCAGAACUUCUCGCUCAGAGACAAAAGAGGAUGAGAUUCAACAGUCACAAUCGAUCUCGGAGAGCACAGAGGACACCAAAAAGGUGGGCCUUGAGCCCCUGAAAGAGAUCCCACAGACCCUGCACACAGAUAAACAAAAGUUAGACGUGGCCCCCAAAGCAGACAGCGAGAGUGACCAGGAGGAUAUGGGGUCAGAAACAGACGUCACUGGCACGGCCCCCAUGGCCUCUGGGGAUAUCAAGACAGAAGAAGCCACACCAAAGCAUGGACAAGCUGAACAGUUGUCUGGGUCUGGUUCAGACUUUGACACAAAAGAACAAGUUUUACACUUAGGAACUGACACAGCUGGAUCAACACUAGAGCUAGAUUCAGGAAAGAAGCAUCUGGGGGACCCUGAACCACAAGCGUUACAAUCCUUGUCAGGUGCAGCUUGUGACUUGGAUUCAGAAGCUAAAGUGAAAUUGGAUUUAGAAUCCAAAGAGAAGGACUCUGAAGUCUAUAAACAGUCACCGGAGAAAGCAGAGAAACCUUCCAGUUCUGAUUUAGAAUAUCAGCAGGACUUAACAGAGAGUGCACAGUCAAAGACUGAAACAAAAGACAAGCCUAAACUUUUAGAAGAAGACGAAAUUGAAGACAUUGGCUCUAGUGAAGUAACCUCAAGUAAAUUGUCAGAUGAACCAGUCAAAUCUGAUGGACUAGAUGUGUCUAAAGACUCAUAUCUUGCACUGUUUUCAAAGGAGGGAGACACUGUCCAACCAAGAAGUAGCCCAGACAAAGUUGCGGUGCCUUCGCCAGUUGUGAGUGAAGAGGAAGCUCCAACUCACACGGAUGCCAAAGAAUUUAUAAAAGACUCAGCUUCACUCUCACCUGAAAUGGCAGAAAAGAAAGAGAUCACAUCACAGUCCCUUCCUGCCGAGGACUCUAGCACAAAGACUUCUGCUUCUGAUAUUCCUUCUUAUUCACCAACAGCCGUAAAAACAACCAUAGGUUCAACAUUGCUCAGUACUGAUAGCCAGUCCAGUGAUGAGGUACACUCCCAACCUGAAAGCUCUAAUUUCUAUGAAGUUAGCAAAGCCUCAUCUCAUGAUGGAGACAAAGCUGCAGUGAGCACCAGUAAAGACAAAGAAAUACCAGCAAAGGAAGCAGAGAGGGAAAUGGAGGUAGAACGAGAAGUAGCCUCCCCGGGACUAACUCCAACCCUCUCAUAUUUCCAAAAGACAGAUGAUUCUAACAUUUCAGAGGAAAGAAAAUCAUCCACAGAGAUAGAGGAUAACAAGGACACAAAGACAUCACAUCUGGAAUCUGAAGAGCUGGGUACUGACAGUAUGGGCUUUCCCUUAGACGGAAAGGGACACGAGGUCUCCAAAUAUGAUCCGUAUGAAAAGCCCGUCUCUAAAGACCAUGAGAGGGACUCAGCAGAAGAAGACACGUAUCCUCUUGACGAUAGUACAUUUGUGGGAGGGGACAUAGAUGAUAAUAGGAGACAGAGUCCAUCAGAACUCGGAGCUGCGUGUCACAUAGAUGAGAUAGCUGAAGAGGAGCCCAUUUCUUUCAGCAAAGUAGACUACCACACAUUUUCUAUCAAAGAAACUGCCUUUGCCGAACAUGAGGAUAAAGAGAAAGGUCAAGAGGAAGAGUUUGAAAGAGAAGAGAGAGGUGAGACCCUGUCCUUGGACAGGGGCUAUCCACAAACAGAAACCGCAGAUAACAAAACCACUCCAGUGUCCUCCUCAUCUUCUUCAAGUGUUACUCAAGGAAUACCUGAGAGUUUGGGUAAAGAAAAAGAUAGUGAGAAAGAGAAGGAUACGGACAAGAGCAGUGGGAAGAAACCUGUUGAAGAGGGUUUUGGAUCAGCCUCGUGUACUAUAGAAGAGAGUGAUGAGACAGAAAUUCCAACAAAGAAACCAGUCGCAGAUGUUGAAGAUCAAUCCACUAAGGUAGAAAAGGAAGAGUCUGCCAUGACGAAAGAUUAUGCCUCCUCUGAAAAAGAAAAAGAGAAGAUUGAGUUGCCAACAACUUCUCAACGAGACACGGAGAUACAAUCCACAACAACAGGAAAAGAGAUGGUAGAAGAAAAGGUAACACAAAAGCCCCCCUGCCUCAUCUCAACCGCAGAGAAAGAUGGACUUACCUCUCAGGCUUCAGUAGCAGAAGAAGAUCAGGCUGCUGCUUCUUCAUUUCCAGAACAUUCUGAGCAGAAUGUUGAUGAAAAUAUUCUUGCAUCUUACAAAUGUAUCUCUCCUACUCGUAAAUCAUCAUUUGGGUAUGAUGAGAAAGGAGCUGCUUCAGCAAGUGGACAUCAGAGAAUAUUUGCUGAGGAGGAGGAUGUUUAUGAUGACCAAGAGGAAGAUGAGGAGGAGGAUGAGGAAGAGGAAGAGGAGGAUGAAACUAGUGAUGUGGAUAUAGAGAAGGGUGCCAGAGAACAGUCUGAAAAGGAGUGCAAAGGUGCAUCUGGUGAUUCAGUCAGUCCAAAACUCUCAGAAGAUGAUUCUCACAAGAAAACCCCCUAUGACCUUGAACCUAAGAGGAGUCAUGACACUGAAUCUGCUGGUACUCAUCAACAGCGAGACACCCCAUCCUCUAGCCUCCUUGCCGGAGGAUAUCUUUCAAUGGAUCAGACUCAGUCCACAGUUGAACACUCUUAUGCAGAAGGCAGGGAAACUGGUGAACUUCGACCUCAGUCCACAGUUGAACACUCUUAUGUAGAAGGCAGGACAACUGGUGAACUUCGACUGAAGGACACAGAUGCAACCACAGCAAUUUCGGUUUUAUCUGACACGAAACAACAAUUUAGUGACACUGAUAAAGAAUCUAAGGAGCAGAAAGCUCUUGAUAUCUCUGCUGAGAAACCUGACUCUUCGAUGUCUUCGGUUUAUACAGUCACAUCUACUACAACCCAUUCUUCAUCCUCCUCAUACAGUUAUUCUUCAUCUACCUCUGCUUCUUAUUCAAUCAUCCAUCAGUUUGCUGAGGAGUUAGAGACCUCUAUCCAUGUGGCUGGUGGUGUCCCUAGGCCAGACCUAGACAGUGCAUCUUUUGAGUAUUCCUCUUUCAAAGAAGACCAUUCACUUACAAUAGAUUCUCCUUUGUCAUGCUCUGCAGCUCAGAUAAAAGAUGAAUACAUGGAGGUUUCUGAAAAACUGGCCACUGUUGCAACAACUGCUGAAUCUAGUCCCGAGGAGAUCAAACCCUUUCCUCCGGUAGCCUCCACUGAAGGAAUGAAACAAGAGCAAAUGUUAUCAAGCAUCAAAAUGGACAAGGGACAGUCCUCUGACUCUGUUCACAAGCCUAGCACUGAUGAUCUGCAAUGUUCAGGUCCAUCAGUUCUAGCCCACUCUGACUCCGCACGACCUGCAGGAGCAGAAUCCACAGGCAGGGCUUUGUUUGAUGUUUCUCCACUGCAGAAGGCUGAAGACUGCUCAGGCAGACAGAAAGAGAGCUCUGCAGAAAAAGCUCACACAAGUGAACUCGAGGACAGCACUCUACCAUGUAGAAUUGGAUGUAAAAGAUCUUCAGUCGCUGAAGACAAACCUGGAAUGAUUUCUUUCACUGAACAGCAAGCAGAUACCAGAACCUCAGACUCUCUGACUCCUGAUUCCCUGGCUGAGAGCUUCCCACCACAACCGCAACCAGCAGGAACCUCAUCUAAUGGGCCCACAGAGGUCAGCAGUCCAAAAGACGGCACCAGUAAAGCCAGUAAGGAUGAAGCAGCAUCUGGCACUGUAGCCUCAACUGUACCAACAGAAGAGAAGAUAGAAAAAGACAAGCAAAUGAAGGGGACAACAGACGAGUGUGAGAGAAAGGAGAAGGUACAGGAGAAAUUUGAAGAUCAAAAAGAAAAAGAGGCCUGUAAGGUUGAACAGACGGAGAAAGAGCAAGAGAAGGAUGGACAAGUUCCAAAGGAGCUAAAAGACACAGAGAAGCUUGAUAAAAGGAUGGAUACAGAGAAACAGGCUGUCAAACCUGAAGAGAAGAAGGAGAAAGAGGACCAGAGGGAGGGAGAAAAAGAGAAACCUGAUAAGCAAGGAAAGGAAGAGGCGCUUGGCAUUAAGCCAAGUGUUACAUCUGACUGGCAACUGCAACAGCAGAGUGCUGCAUGUCCAGGGGCCCCUCCUGGGUAUGAAGAUGAUGAUGAACCAGAGGCUGAGGAGGCUGAGGAGGCUGAGGAGGACAUUGUAUGUGACAUUGGGCUGUCAAAGCCUCCUACCUCUCCUGUCUCCGUGCCCGCAGUGCAGCAGGCUGCUACUCAAGAAGCCUCAAGGAGGUCUGGGGAGGAGUCCACCCGACCAUCUGACCUCUGCAUGGAGGACAUGUCCAGCUACUCCCCUUCAGCAUUCAAGAAGCACAGAGGUGAGAUUUCCCCUUCAUUCAUCAACCCCAGCCCACACCCGCUCUCCAGCGAUGAGGGCGAAGAGGACAGAGAGAGCGAACAUUCCAAGGACGAGGACGAGGACGAGCGUGAGCAGCACUCCGUCAAACGGAGGUCUCACAAGCAGCAACGCCAUCAGGCUCCCAGUCAACAAGGUGACAGUAAAGAUGGCUCUCAACCACCCUCCAGCACCAUGGCAUCUGGCCAUGCAAUUGGGCUUGCAGGAGAAGAGACUCCUCCAACCUCUCUGAGCGAGUCUUUGCCCUCACAGUCUGAUUCUGACGUUCCUCCUGAGACAGAAGAAUGUCCGUCCAUCACGGCAGAAGGAAACCUGGACUCUGACGAGGAUGCCGAACAUCUCCCAGUUGACAAGUUAUCUGGUGUUGCCAGUGGAAGUGGAAGUGCAGGAACGCACCCUCCUGCCUCCCCCAAGUCAUCAGAUAGGACUCCUGAUCCUCCUCCGGCUCCCAUGAAGGACCCUCUCCCUCAUCCCCCUCACCCUGAUGUGUGUAUGGUGGACCCUGAGGUGCUGCCCAAUGGCGACAGCAACCUUAAAGAGAGACUGGUGAAGAAGGACCUCAAACCUAAAGGGUUGCGAAAGACCCUCGGGAAGCCAAAGUCGGCCUCACCUGGACGAAAGGGUGAUGCCAGAGGCAAAAGAUCUUCUACUCCAGUUAAACAGACAUCCAAGGACUCCUCACCUCGAGCCUCCUCUCUGAUACGGAAAGAUACGGAGAGGUCAUCCCGUUUGUCAAGGAUGUCUGAAGGUCAGGGCUCAAAAGGCGAUCUAUUCAAUCCAACCAAAGGACUGGUCAAUGGUGUAAAGGGCAAUUUAGGUUCUAACCAACAGAAACCCAGUUCAGCUGUUCCACCAGGGCCACCCAUCUACGUCGAUCUCGCUUAUAUUCCCAAUCACUGCAGCGCUAAGAAUGUUGACCAGGAGUUCUUCAAGCGGAUUCGUGCUGCCUACUAUGUGGUGAGCGGAAAUGACCCGGGGAGCGGAGAACCCAGUCGGUGUGUCCUGGAUGCCCUGCUUGAGGGGAAGGCACAGUGGGGAAACAACCUCCAGGUGACACUGAUUCCUACCCAUGAUACAGAAGUGACAAGGGAAUGGUACCAGCAGACCCACGAGAGGCAGCAGGAUUUGAACAUCAUGGUUCUGGCCAGCAGCAGCACUGUGGUCAUGCAGGAUGAAUCUUUCCCUGCUUGCAAGAUUGAGUUUUAAAUCUGAUCGUUUUUCUGUUGUGCUUUAUUUCUCCCUCCAUGGAGAUUAUGAGGGGAGCUGCUUUGUCUCUUUAAGUGUCGUACUACAGGUUGCUACAUAUUUUUAGCUCUAAUCUUCAUUUACAAGGCCUCAUUCUCUUAUGUCGUUUAGUUUAGGCUUUCUUCUAACUUCAUAACUGGUUUAUGCAUCAUUUGAAAACAUCUACAAGGGUUCAACAUGCAAUGUGUACUUGGGGCACAGAAGCCAUGAGAAUGUAAUCUAAGAUGCAGACUGGAAUUCUCUGUGAAGCUUUACCACAGACAUUUAAAACAAGACAUGCUUACUCAAUACGAUUAAGCCCUCUCCUGAAUUAGACAUUACUAGAAGCACAAGAACGCCCUUUAACAUGUCUUCAAAUACACAACCGCUCCUCACUUAUUUGGUGGUCUAUAUUUUAUAUCCACAUGUUUAAGUUUUGUAGAUCGCAUAUGAAACAGGAGAAGACUUCUGAUGGGCCGUAUAUGCAACAUGACGUUUUGGUUAUAGAUACCUACAGCAGGCCAAUGAAGAGAUCAAAUUGUAUUUAAAUAUUUAUCAUAAGGACAGUUUGCAAACUUCAAAGUGUGAUUUUGCAAGUGCAUGUCAAGCCUUGAUGGGGGUAUUUUGUGAGUGUCUUGGCACACAGGUGGUGUGCUGCAGUAGAAUGUAAACACGCUCUACGUUAUACAACUAAUUUUCCAAAUUGAAAAUCCAAAGGGUCUUUGAGGUGCCAAACUUCUGUCAGAAAACAUUUCGUGCGGAUGUCCAAAAUGUACUCUAGUGUGCUACCUACAGUAAAGCGUGUGCACAAUAAGAUGUAUUUAUUACUGACUGUCAUCAAGCCAUUGUGAAGUGUUUUGAACAGCUUUAUUGCUAUUGUUCUCGUUGUAUAGGCAGAAUGCCUGAUAUCAAGGCACCUUAGAUAAAGUGUAGGGCUUUGGCUGACUUUUCCAAACUGCAAAAGUGAACUAGUGCAGAUGCUCUUUGGCUGUGCAAGUUAACAUAACCAUGAGUGACAGAUGUUGGGUUUAUUUCAGGUCAGUGAAAGUCAUACCAUACAACCUGUCUGUUCUUAUCGCUGAGCAUUGCCCUCAGACAUACAGUAAAGGAAUACAAGAUCUCUGAUAAUGUCGAAAAUAUGUUAGCAACCGUUACAGACCUUAGAUACUUGAUCCAACAUUUUAGAGAAAUGUUGUACACAUUCUUUAAAGGUAAUGCAGUAUGUUUUUAAGGAAAAUAUUCUCCAUUAUUAGUUGACUCAAAAUCCCUCUGGUGACAAAAUGUAAUUGGUUUUUCCUCUGCGAUUGUAGCAAUAGGGGCUUCGAUGUGUAUUGAUUUUAAAGUGUGACUGACUGACUGAGAGUGAUUGAGGGUGCUUGUACUGAUGACAGCAGGUUCAUGAUGAUGUGCCUUCUGGGUGAGACAGGCGUACUUAUAACUACUUAUGGUGGAAUUACCUUAUCCACCUCUAUGGAAGAGGGCGUAAAAUCACGAGGUAUACAGGACUGUGCAGGAGAAAAUAGUCUGAGUAAACACUGAAGAAUAGUGGACAAUAAUGCAGAAUAAUGCAUUCUACCAAAAAAAGUAACCAUUUCCAUGUUGUGGUUUUGUGUUGUUUGAUUUGUUGUUGGCAAACUGCUACUGUCUGACAAAUUAUAAGCGGAUAAGGCGGUAUUCAUUCGUUUCACCAUACAGCGUGAUAUCCCCUAUUCUAAAGUGGCACAUGGGCAGAACACACCUGAAAACGAGACCGAUUGCACUAUUGCACCAAUUGAGACUGCACUUUUUCAUUGUGUGUGAGUAGAAGCUAAAGAGAGUUGCACAACAUGCAUGGACAGACUGCAGUGCUCUGUAAAUAAGAAGAGAGGUAGUGGCAUUUAGAACCUACCUAAUAGUCGAAGUUUACUGUAAGAUGAUGUUACAGCAUGAGAAUGUGCUAUAGGUGGUAGAGGUACUGCAUAGCAUGUUUUCCCAAGUAGGCCUCUGUAGUGUAGUGUGACUCUACGUAGACCGAUGUGUGUGUUUAUGUGUUUUACUAGCACAAUGGGUCAGACUUGAGGAUAUGUUUUUUAGAUGACGAUAUGGUUGUUUUUCUGGAUGGGAAGAACGCUUGUGUUGCUACUUUGGCACUUUACAGUGAGAUAACUGAACAGAAGAGUUGGAUUAAUUUAAGCAUAUCAUUGAUGAGAUUUUGAAACGAAUGUUAAUAAUUUUUUUCAUUUUGUAGCAUAUUUUUUUAUUUAUUUACAGUUAUGUCAUUUGCAUUAGAAUUAUCUUAACAUACAUUAUUUUAUAACAGCAUGUAGAAUUUACAUGUGUUCUUUACAAAUUAUUUCUUUACUAUUGUUUAAUUUCAAUUCACCAUGCUUUAAAUACCUGGGGCUAAGAGGGGAGUUUCUAUGGAGGGGUCUGAAGAAGCAAAAAAACAGAUCUCAGUCACUACACUCAAUCUUGUCCCCUUUUAAGAGGUUGCUCUAACCUUUAGUUAGUACAGUGUCCGUUUGUUGCUCUGUCGAAGUUAGUGAUUUGGCUAAUCUGUCAACUUCAGACUGGCUUACCCCUCUGCUCAGUGGGACCAGCCAACUUAUGAGGUUCCACUCAGCACCUCGAGUCAUCCACUCGGCCCACCUAGUGUAAUGUGGGGGAUUAACUUCAACAAUAGACUUCAUAUGUAUUCACAGGGUGUUUGACUCUUUCGCUGACAGACUGAGAGUUUGAGAAUGCCUGCAGUCCUCUCAGACCGAAGAGCUCUCUGAGGACUGGAGGUUCUUAUAAGCUGUGUACGCACAACGCUAGCAGUAUGGGUCCCUGAGAGAAACAUAGGGUGUCUUAUCUAGCUCUCUUUGAAAACACAAUAGAAUGGCCUUGGACAAUUAGGUCUGCUGAACCUGUUUGUAUACUGUAACAGAAAAAUUAUAUUAUAGACUCCUCAAUACAAUGCAUACAAAUCUUCAAAUCAGAGCAGGAUCGAUAUGAAAAAGAUAUUUUUUUCAUCCAAACAAGAAACUGAUUAUGGAAAUAGUUUAAUAUGAUGCACUGUAAUGUAUGUCUUCACAUUGUGGUAUAUUUUUAAUAUAUGAAUAACUUACUCAAUUCCAAAUAACUGGCCUUAGUAACACGCACUUUGGGGCCUUUGUCAGUUUUCUGUGAACAGCUGCUGAAUGCAAUAUAUGGUGUAUAAAUGGAGAAUGCACUAAACUAAUCUAAUAUUUUUGAUUGUUGAGUUGAUAAUCUGAAUGCUGUUUGGGCUCACAAAAAUUAAACUUGCAAGCAUAUCACAGAUUUCCGAGGGAGAAAGCUGUACUGUUUAGUUUUGGGCCCAAAGUGGCGUUGCUACAUUGUUAACUUACCAUUCAAUUAUGGUAAAUUUCUUAACAGUGUAGGGGAUGAUCACCGAUUCAUUUCUGACAUAUUCUCACUUUUUAAGUGAAAUAUAAUGGUUCCUGACCGAUCUAGAUGUCUUAGGGCUGUCCAACUAAAACCGAAAUACUCUGAUAUAAUCUGUAUCAACUACAGUUACAAGGUUUGGUAUCCUGAUUAUGACUUGAAGUAUUCUGAACUUGCAUUAAAGAUCAAAUGAAUGGUAUGUGUGCAGCAACCAUGUGCACUCAAAUGUGUGUAUAUACACAUAACAACAAAAUACGACGAAAACGAUGUAAUCUUAUUAUUGUAAACAUUUUGAUUUUUUUGUGUGCGUUUCAUCCCCUUUGUAAUCCUACUCUUUCAAAGCAAGCAAAAAUAGACUGCAGAGAUGAACAGCUGCUUCAAAUCCAUUACUUUUUUUGGUCCGAACCAUCCAUCCAAGUCCUCCAUCAGAUGUCUGACCAUCUCAAUGUAUACCAUUGCAAAUGCUCCCAUCUUAUCUCUGCAUGUGAUCUUAGUUAUAAUCUUGAAUGUAUUUGUUUCAAAUGGAAAUUAAACAAUUUAAGAGCUAUAUUUGAACAAGCUAUUUGUCUUAAUGGUACCGAAAUAGCAUAUAUUUACUGGGCUGUGCUUCUGUUUGCCCCAAGGUGUUGUUAAGAAGAUGCUGUGAUAGUUCUUCUGUUUCCCGCCGCUGUAUUAAUCUUAGUUCUGUUCCUCUCGAGUGCAAUACUCCACAUCUCUAUUUAAAUCUAAAUGCAAAGCUAGACUUUCUGCUGAUUUACUGUAAAAGGGAAACAUCCUGGUGAUCAUCAAUAAAAAAAUUAUAUUGAAAAUCAA